AUGAAGCGCUUCAUAGCUAUGCUUACCGCGGCUGUUCUGCUUACGUGGUCAUUCAUCGCGUCUCUUGUCGGUCUCGUAUCUUUUCACUGGUGGUCAGGACCGGGUGGCUUUCAACUGGGCAUAGCUUCGAAUUGUCAAGAGUUUGCGGAGAGUGAUGUUAAUGGUUUGACAUUCAACAAGUGCGUUCAUUAUAACAUUGGGGCCUAUAGUAAUUCAACAGAGACGUGGAUGGCGGGACUGCUGAUAGUUUCUAUCCUUAAUGGUGGCAUAUGCUUGCUCAUAAUGCUUUUCAAGACCAUUUUCAUAUUCUGUUGCUACAAUCUUGCUGGACCAUCAACAGCAACCUUCACGGUCAUCCAGGCGCUGCUGAUCGUUACAGUAUGCAUACUCGUGGGUAAGAACUAUGGAUUCGAGUAUCCCGAAGGAGCAGAUUCCUUAGGUGCUACAUACUAUAUCGUUAUAUCAGCCGCUGUUGGAAGUAUGUGCGCUGCCGCAUUGACAGGCGUGGAUACAAUAAACAAUCGCAGGGAAAAAAUGACUAAGAAGAGUAGCACCGCGCAAGGGGUAGAGCAGCCACCAAUGAAUAUCACCAAUGUCAGCAACGCCCCGUCAAACAUGCCGCAGCGAUAUACAGGCGGGAAUAAGGAGAAGAAACUGCAAGAUAUAUACGCCGUAUAUAUACUCAGAUUGCAAGAUAUAAUAGUACCGAUAGAUAGUAAUGCGAUAUUUACUGUUACUAGUUAA